ACUUAGACCUCAGUCAAGGAUGGAUGAGUCUGGCAGGAACCCAGACUUGCCUGAAGGUUAUGGAGAAGGGGUCCCGCCUUGGCUCAUAGGUCAUGAUGGAGGAUAUGAGGCAGGGUCAGGUGUGAAACGCAGGUAUGCAGAGGUUGUUCCCCCGGGGUCACAUGACCCACGAAUCAAGCGAGCCAGGCAGGGAGUGGUGGGCUCAGUGCCCAGUGCUCUCGCAGAGAAGCUCGCACGCAUGAAGACCAAGCUUCAGAAGGUGGAGAAGAACCCACGGAAGAAAGAACACCGGCACAACCACGAAGAACAACGGCAGGCAGAAGUGAAGCAGCUGGGACAAGAAAAAGAUAAGCAGCACGGACAAGAAAAAGAUAAGCAGCACGGACAAGAAAAAGAUAAGCAGCACGGUCAAGAAAAAGAUAAGCAGCAUGGACAAGAAAAAGAUAAGCAGCACGGUCAAGAAAAAGAUAAGCAGUAUGGACAAGAGAAAGAGAAAAAGCAUCAGCUGGAUAAUAAUAAAGAACGAAAACAGGAAAAGGAAAUAAAAAUGAAAAAAAUGAAAUUAUUGAAAAGACAUUUUUAUAUUAAAAAUCAUUGAUGUUAUUACUAGGAUUAAAUAAAAUAUUUUAUCUGAGUUAUUU